AUGGAUGAAGGUUGUUCCCGCAUCCGCCGGCGGGUGUCGGUCCGCAAAAGGAACCGCCGUAGCUUGGAGAGUGUUUUUUCCGCCCCCACCGCGGCCGAGCUUAAGCCCGGCGAUGAGGAGAAGGAUGAGGACGACGAGACGGUGGCUGGGAGCCGGCGGCGAAAAACCAUAGACGUGCAGCCGGUCGAGAAUAUUGACAGUGAAGAGGACAUGUUUGAUGACUAUGAUAGCUUUGCUGAAAACUCUUUUUUAGCUCAAGUUGAUGACCUGGAACAAAAAUAUUUGCAGCUUCCUGAACAUAGGAAACAUGCUACGGACCAUGCCACUGAAGAUCUUUGUUCAGGAAGCAUUAAACACAACACACUCAGCAUUACUACUGUAGGCGACUGUACUGAAUUAAAAAUAGAUGAGCACACGAAGAACCAGAGCGGGCAUGAAGAUGUCUCUAUUGAUCCUGAAGCUGAUGUUUUGUAUGAUAUACCUUCUUCACAGGUUUUAUUCUUUGAAAAUUUAUAUAACUCUUCAGAUGAUUUGGGUGAUCCAUCUACUGAAGAGAGGGAUUGGAACUCAUCCUCUCACAAGGCUGUGAACGAGGAAUUGCCCAUUAAUAACGUAGAGCAACCACAGCAAACUGAUGAAUCCUCUUCUAAAGUCAGAACUAGUUCAGAUACAAAUAGGAGAAAAAGUCUUAAAGAUCAUCUAAAAAAUACCAUGACUGGAAACGCCAAGGCCCAAACACCAGUAUUUUCUAGGACUAAACAGCUCAAAGAGACUCUUCUAUCUGAAGAAAUUAAUGUUGCUAAGAAAACAAUUGAGUCAUCAUUAGAUGACCUUGGUCCUUUUUAUUCAUUACCCAGCAAAGUGAGAGACCUUUAUGUUCAGUUCAAGGGAAUUGAAAAAUUAUAUGAAUGGCAACAUGCUUGCUUAACAUUGAAUUCUGUGCAAGAAAGAAAAAAUUUAAUAUAUUCCUUGCCAACAAGUGGUGGAAAAACCCUCGUGGCUGAGAUUUUAAUGCUGCAAGAACUGCUUUGCCGGCGAAAAGAUGUUUUAAUGAUCCUACCAUAUGUGGCGAUUGUUCAAGAAAAGAUUUCAGGUUUGUCAAGUUUUGGUAUAGAACUGGGUUUCUUUGUUGAAGAAUAUGCUGGAAGCAAAGGAAAAUUUCCUCCAAUUAAAAGAAGGGAAAAGAAAUCACUAUAUAUUGCCACUAUUGAAAAAGGACAUAGUCUGGUGAACUCCUUGAUUGAAACCGAAAGGAUUAACAGUCUGGGUCUGGUUGUUGUAGAUGAGUUGCACAUGAUUGGUGAAGGAAGCCGUGGGGCUAUACUGGAAAUGACUCUAGCAAAAAUCCUCUACACUAGCAAAACAACUCAAAUUAUUGGUAUGAGUGCAACAUUAAGCAAUGUUGAAGACCUACAAGAGUUCCUGCAAGCAGAAUAUUACACGAGUCAGUUUCGACCAGUUGAAUUAAAAGAAUAUCUGAAAAUAAAGGAUGCAAUAUAUGAGGUUGACAGCAAAGCUGAGAAUGGCAUGACUUUUUCACGUCUCCUUAACUAUAAGUAUCCUGAUACUCUGAAAAAGAUGGAUCCUGAUCACUUGGUAGCAUUGGUGACGGAAGUUAUUCCCAAUUAUUCCUGCUUAGUUUUUUGUCCCACUAAGAAGAACUGUGAAAAUGUAGCAGAAAUGAUAUGCAAAAUUUUAAGCAAGGAAUAUCUGAAACACAAAGAGAAAGAAAAACAUGAGGUGAUUAAGAACUUGAAGAAUAUCAGCAGUGGCAACCUGUGUCCUGUUUUAAAGCACACCAUCCCAUUUGGAGUUGCUUAUCACCAUAGUGGUUUAACGAGUGAUGAAAGGAAGCUCUUGGAGGAGGCCUACUCCGCAGGAGUUCUCUGCCUUUUUACCUGCACAUCCACCCUAGCAGCAGGUGUUAACCUACCAGCUCGAAGAGUUAUUUUAAGAGCCCCCUAUGUUGCUAAAGAAUUUUUAAAGAGGAAUCAAUAUAAACAGAUGAUUGGCAGGGCUGGCCGUGCUGGAAUAGAUUCUACUGGGGAAAGUAUCCUUAUAUUGCAAGAAAAAGACAAGAAACAGGUAUUGGAGUUAAUAAGCAGACCAUUGGAAAAUUGUUAUAGCCAACUUGUUCAAGAAUUCACCAAGGGAAUCCAAACUUUGUUUCUCUCUUUGAUUGGUUUGAAGAUUGCAACAAAUCUUGGUGACUUACAUCACUUUAUGAGUGGUACAUUUUUUGGUGUUCAGCAGAAGAUUUUGUUGAAAGAAAGAAGUCUCUGGGAAAUAACUGUCAAAUCGGUUAGAUACUUGACAGAAAAAGGACUCCUACAAAAAGAUACUAUUUUGACAGAAAAAGGACUUCUACAAAAAGACACUAUUCAUGGGUCGGAAGAAGAGUUCCAAUAUAGUUUUCACAUUACAAAGUUGGGACGAGCGUCUUUUAAGGGAGCUAUAGAUUUGGCUUAUUGUGACAGUCUCUACAGAGACUUGAAGAAAGGUCUUGAAGGACUUGUGCUUGAAAGCCUUCUUCAUCUAAUUUACCUAACAACUCCCUAUGAUAUGGCUUCUCAGUGUAACCCUGAUUGGAUGAUAUACUUCAGGCAGUUUAGCCAGCUCAGCCCAGCAGAGCAAAAUGUGGCUGUUCUGGUUGGAGUCUCUGAGAACUUUAUUGGGAAGAAAGCAUCAGGUCAAGCUAUCAGGAAGCUAUCAUGCUUUUUCAGCUUAAUGCUUUUUAGAAGAGUGAUCCAGUACAACAUGCAGAAUCUGUAAUUCUUAUAUCCUUCACUGUGCCACCCUAAGUUCUCAUCUUAAACAUUCUUUUACUAUAGUAAAGAAUAUAAUUUUAUAUUUUAAACCAACUUUUUUCUCUUUAAAAUUCAUCUUUUAUUUCCUCUGAUGUUAAGCAUGAGUUACUCAGUUUCUGAGUUAGCUUAAUAUUAGCUAUGAAAUGCUUUACCCAAAAAAUAAUCACUAGGCACCACAGGCAAAAACACAUAUACAGAAUAGAAAUAGUCAACUACAGGAAGCAUUUUUCUUUCAGUGUUUUAACUUUGGAAACAUUAAUUAUUUAUCAUGACCCUGUGGAAAUCAUAGAAUCUAGUGUUUACUUUGUAAACUUAUUAACAUAUUAAUCUAAACAAAUACGUUUGUCUAAUUUAUAAUCACAGUCACACAUAUAUAUACCACCUAUAAGUACUACAGUAAAUGUAAAGGUUUCCCCAACUCCUUUCCUUCCUGUAUUCUUUCCUAAGGCUACCAUAACAAAUUAGCACAAACCAGGUAUCUUAAAACAACAGAAAUAUAUUCUGGCACAGUUCAGGAGGCCAGAGAUCUGAAAUCAAGAUGCUGGCAGGGCUGUUCCUUCUGGAGGCUCUGAGGAAGAAACCAUCUUGCCUCUCUCCUAGCUUUUGGUGGUUGCAGGCAGUCCUUGUAGAUGCAUCCCUCCAGAGUCUGCCUUCAUUUUCACAUUGCCUUCUCUGUGUCAUUCUAUGUCGUCUCUCUUGUAAGGUAUGACAGUCAUUGAAUAAUGGGCCCUUAAGGGCCCCCUGUACAUCCAGGAUGACUUCAUCUCAAGAUCCUUAACUAAUUACAUGUGCAGAGAUCCUAUUUCUAAACAAGGUCACAUUCAAAGGUACCAGGGGUUAAGACUUGGGCAUAUCUUUUUUGGGGAACAGUUCAACUCACUACACUCCCUAUAGAAGGAACUUUAAAUUGGAAACAGUUUGGCAUAUCUCUUUUUCUACACUCGGAAAAACAGUAAUUUGAACUAAUCUAAAGUACAUUUGUUAGCACUUAGAUUUAUUUCUGUGGAACCAUUCUAUCCUUGCUCUCCUGUGGUACAACUUCAUGCGCUUUACCUUUUGUCCAUUUUGAAUGUAAUGUACAUUUUUUAGCAGGUCCAGUACAU